UUGAACCACAGCUUUGCUAUGUGGUGCUGGGCUGACUCGUGCUCGUGCUCCCCAGCGUGGCUCGCAGCACAUUGCUGACAGCUCCUGCGGUUCCAGGGCAGAUGUUUGUGCAAGUGUGUAAGCGUCUCGGGCUGGAUCCAGGGCUGGCUUGGGCACCGGAUCCACUGCCAGCUGGAGGUGCUGUGUCGGUGCCUUUCUCUUUGUUAGCACUGACCCUGGUCAGAAAUAAUCAUUAGGGGCACUCACAAAGCACUUUCUCUCCCCUGAAGCCAAUUCCUGGCUUUUGCAGCCCUUCACAUCAGGGGGCCCUUCAGCAGGGAGAAAUUACUUUUAAAACCGGGGAAACUGAGGCAGACAGUGUGGCAUUAUCUGCUGUAGCCCAGAGCUCACUACUGCCCCGACCACUCCUCCCCACUGCUUUCCAGAUUGAAGCCAAUUUGGGGUCACAGAGGCAGGUCUGCCCCGGUGGCUUUGCUCAGACUGGUGGGACUGAUUGUGGUGGGCAGAGGAAGCUCCCCUCCCUGCUUUGCUUUCUCUCCCCCCCCCUUUUAUUUCACCAGUUUCUGAACAGAACUGUUCUUUGUUGUUCUUAAUUUAAAACAAAGCCUUUGUUUGGCAGCGUUGUGUGGAUUUCAAAUGCUUUUAAAAAAAAUAAAACAACAACAACCCCUAACACUAAAGAAACAGAAUCCUCCUCAAAUUUGGAACUAGCAGCUGCCUUUGACCGUGAACUCACUUCCCUCCUAUCCAGUUCAUUUCCUUUCUCCCCCAGACCUGCCAGCCCUCUAGGAAAUCAGGACUUCGCGUGUCCCUGCCUGCUGCCGUCCUGCAGCAGCUCAGCCCCACAGUUUAACCCUGUGCUGACUUGGCUCCCUGAGCUCUUACUGCAUGGCUGUGGGUGCCAGCGCCGCCCCGCUAUGGGAAAGGCAGCACAGCAAAGAGGGCUGCAGCCACGCCAGGGCCGCUCGGGGGGGAGCUUUGAUUUUUGCACAUGGGAACGGAAGGUGGGAGCUGCGGGCACCCACCCAGGGCCCUCGGCAGUGGGAUGCGUGCCAGCGUGCGGCAGGAGCUGCUGCCUCAGCUUGUCCCAGCGCUCCUAUUGCGGGGCCGUACCCAGUACUGGAAGCCCCACUCCUGGCCUCCUGCAGCUCAAUGUGCCUCUCGUGGAUUUUCCUGCCCGUCAGACCCUGUGCAGUGGGAGCCUUGGAGAGAAGUUAGGAAGGAAUCUGGUCCCUGGCACGGCGCCUCCGCCUGCUCCUUUUGGUUGCAAAUCCCAGGAUGUGUUCUUGGCUUUGUGUUAAAUUGAAUUUCUGGAGAAUGUUUUUCUCCCUGAUUCCGGUAAGGAUUCACGAGGCCUUUAAAUGGCUCAGUAAUUCAGUAGCGAAGCUGGCAAGGAUCCCAAGAGCAAAACCACUCUCAUUAUCCAGCUGUGCCUAGCUGCAGCGAGCUCAGGGAUGGGUCUGCUCUGCAUUUGGGCAGCACUGGGUAUUGCUCCCUUACUCCUGGGAGCAACUAACAGACGCGCAGUAGGAAAACAUCUGGCAGGUGUUUAGCAGAGCUCUUACUCUGUGUUUGUUUUGAUAUAUAUUUUUUUUUAAUUGAUGUUUCAAUGACGUUCCAAAGCAUCGGUCUAGCUUAAUGCGGGGAUAACAGUGUUCUCCUGAGCUCUGUAAUGGUGGCAACGCAUCACUGUACUUGUAGGGAAGGCUGUGGCUUGUUCCCCACUGAUCUCUGGUGGCACCCAAUGGGGCUCUCUCCUGCUGCCGUGUGGAAAGUCCCACAGGACAGCUCCUGUGUCCUGGAGGGACUCCGGGGGGAGCCCAGGGUUCCUCCGGCAAGGUGAUUGGCUGAUCUCUGCUGGAUAAAAUAGGAUUUGCUUUUGGCUUGGGACGGAGUUCACAGCAAGCUUUUGGCUAAGAGAUGCCUUUUUAAUGACGAAUGAGCACCCAAGCUUCACUUGGACACCGUUCCCUCCCACUCGUGACUUUGGAUCCCUCCAACCCUGAAGACCCUCAGCACUGACCCUGGUGCCCUCACCCUGGCUGGCCCAACCCGCGAUGGCGUUGUGUCUGAAGCAAGUCUUCAACAAAGACAAAACCUUCCGGCCCCGGAAGAAGUUUGAGCCUGGCACACAGCGCUUCGAGCUGUACAAGAAGGCUCAGGCCUCCCUCAAAUCAGGGCUGGACCUGAAGGCUGUGGUACAGCUGCCUCCUGGCGAGAGCAUCAACGACUGGAUAGCUGUGCACGUGGUGGACUUCUUCAACCGCAUCAACCUCAUCUACGGCACCAUGUCGGAGUACUGCACGGAGAAGAGCUGCCCUAUCAUGUCGGGUGGGCUCAAGUAUGAGUACAGGUGGCAGGACGACAGCAAGUACAAGAAGCCAACCAAGCUGUCAGCCCCGCAGUACAUGUGUAUGCUGAUGGACUGGAUUGAGAUGCUCAUUAACAACGAGGACAUCUUCCCCACCAGAAUAGGUGUUCCCUUCCCUAAGCAGUUCCAGCAAGUUUGCACUAAGAUCCUCACUCGCCUCUUCCGUGUCUUUGUCCAUGUCUACAUCCACCACUUUGACAGCAUCAUCAACAUGGGUGCUGAGGCUCAUGUCAACACCUGCUACAAGCACUUUUACUACUUCAUCAGGGAGUUCAGCCUUGUUGACCACCGGGAGCUGGAGCCUUUGAAAGAAAUGACAGAACGAAUUUGCCACUGAAGAGAUUUCAGCAGGCAUGCUCAGCAUGAUCAGUCAGCAUUCAGGGGGACAAGAACCCUGCGGUGGGAGGUGUCUUCCCAAGGACUUGCUCUGGGCAUUUCAACUGAACUAUGAAAACUGCAGAAGAGCCUUUCUUCUUUUUUUGUCUUCAGAUGCAUCAAUCUCCAAAGGUUUUGUUAGUGAGACCUGCCCUAUAAGCAGGUGUGACCUUGGCUACUGAGUCAUGCCUGUUGCCUUUCUUAUGUGCAUUGAACUAUGAUAACAUCUGAGAUCAGCUCUGUAAAGCUGGUGACAUUUGAUCCCAACUGACUCCAUGAGGUUAGUCGCCAAUGUCCCAUUUUUAGCAAUGAAAUGUUUCUCCUUUUGCCCUCAUUCAUGCUUUACACCAAAGGGACUUUUCUCCCCUUCCUCCCCCCUCUCCCCCCCCCCCCCCCAGGAAUUUUUCAUGCUUGGCAGAAAGGACUUCAGGAUGUUCUAAGAUGCAUCCAAUACCACUUGGACUAAUGGCAGAGUGGCCCCGUGACAAAUGGAGGUGAACUGGGCUACUUUUCAGAGUGAUGAGCAGUCUACCUGAGUAUUUUCCAUACUCAGAAAUUGUGAUACAAAGUGAGGGAAAGAAACUUGUCAGAAAACAAGUGACGUUUCCUGACACGUUGUCCUGGCUCUAAAAAGCAGAUGCUGGCUGUAGAAAUCAUUGCCUUUCCAUUGUUGGACUGUAGCAUAGACACUGUUCUUUUGACAAGGGUUUGAGUUGGGUUUUUUUUUUUAAUUCUUACUAUUUUGGGGGAGUUAAAUUGUCUGAGCCACAGUGUUGUUAUGUUUGUGUUUCUUGGCCUUUUGCUGGGAAAGUUUUAUACAGCAGACAUAGCUGAUAUGUAUAGUGGGGUUUGCUGAUAUGGGGUUUGCCCAUUCCAGGGGAGAGGGGGGAUGUGGGUAGAAAAUGUAAAUAUUUAAGACAACACUAAAGUUCACAGGUGGAUUGUUAGUGCUCAAGGCACUUAUUUUAUUGUGAAAAUCUAUUUUUUUUUAAUCUUAUGUACCAGAUGUAUAUUUUUACAUGGAAAUAAAAUGGGACAAAAUGAACACAAACCAUCCGAUACGUCAUUUCAAUAUUUUCUGUGUAAGACAAUCAUUAAAAGUCCAAACAUUUUUGUUCUGUUACUAAUUAAAGAAGCGGGAAUGA